GGUUCCGGGCGUGCAGGUGCGGCUUCCGCGUCAAGAUGGCCGCCGCCUGUGGCUCUUCGCCCUGCCUCGCCCCCGGCCGCCUCCGCCGCCUGCCUGCCGGGGCCCAGCUGCUGCGCGUCGCCCUGUUCCUCCUGUGCUGGGCCCCGGCGGCCGUGGACGCCGUCCCUGAGCUCGGGCUUUGGACGAGGACUGUCAAUAACAAAUCAGGACCUUUGAUAUUUAGGAAAACUAUGUUUAACUCUACUGAUAUCAAGUUUUCUGUGAAGUCGUUCAGUUGUUCUGCACCUGUGAAGUUUACCAUAGAGUGGCAUUUGAAGUAUCACACCUGUCACAACGAGUACCCUGACCUGGAGGAGGAGCUGUCCCAAAAACAUGAAUUUACUGCUGAUGCGGACUUCUGUGCUUAUUUCAAGAACAUAGACUGUUGGACAACAAAAAGUGAGAACUUAGAUUGCAGCAGUGAUUUACAGGCAUUUCCCUCAUUAACUAAUAAAGAGCUAACAGGCAGCAGAAAUGUUUCAAGCCAAGAAGGAUCAACGGAUGUUGUAGCCAGAACCCAGAAAGAUGGCUUCCAUAUCUUCAUCGUUUCUAUUAAAACAGAAAAAGCAGAUGCAACCUGGAAUUUGAAUGUUUCUCUUUCUAUGGUGGGGCCUCAUGGAUACAUCUCUGCAUCAGACUGGCCUCUAAUGAUUUUUUACAUGGUGAUGUGUAUUGUUUACAUAUUGUAUGGUGUCCUCUGGCUGAUGUGGUCUGCCUGUUACUGGAAAGAUAUAUUAAGAAUCCAGUUCUGGAUUGCAGCUGUUAUUUUCCUAGGAAUGCUUGAAAAGGCAGUUUUUUAUAGUGAAUACCAAAACAUCAACAGCACUGGACUGUCAACCCAAGGUUUACUGAUAUUUGCAGAGUUGAUAUCUGCAGUUAAGAGGACAUUGGCUCGCCUGCUUGUGAUCAUUGUGAGCUUGGGUUACGGCAUUGUGAAGCCUCGGUUAGGAACAGUCAUGCACCGGGUGAUCGGACUGGGACUGCUUUACUUGAUCUUUGCAGCCAUUGAAGGCGUCAUGAGAGUCAUUGGGGCGAAUGACUCUGAUCUUGUUCUUCUGGCCAGCCUGCCUCUCUCUCUCCUUGACUCGGGCUUGUGCUGGUGGAUUUUUAUAAGUUUGGCACAGACUAUGAAGACUCUAAGGCUAAGAAAGAACACAGUGAAAUUUUCAUUGUAUAGGCAUUUUACAAAUACACUCAUCUUUGCUGUGCUAGCUUCUAUAGUGUUUAUGGUGUGGACAACAAAGACCUUCAGGCUUGCAAAAUGCCAAUCAGACUGGAUGGAGCUCUGGGUUGAUGAUGCAUUUUGGAGCUUCCUCUUUUCACUCAUCCUUAUUGUGAUAAUGUUCUUAUGGAGGCCAUCAGCAAAUAACCAGAGGUAUGCCUUCAUGCCUUUGAUAGAUGAUUCUGAUGAUGAAGUUGAAGAAUUCAUGGUAACAUCUGAAAAUUUAACUGAAGGAAUAAAACUAAGAGCCUCAAAAACGGUUUCGAAUGGAACAGCUAAACCUACUUCUGAUAAUUUCGAUGAAGAUUUGAAGUGGGUGGAAGAAAAUAUUCCCUCUUCAUUCACAGAUGUCGCUCUCCCAGUGUUAGUGGACUCAGAUGAGGAAAUUAUGACCAGAUCUGAAAUAGCUGAAAAAAUGUUCUCUUCAGAAAAGAUAAUGUGACUGGGACUGCAGUUGAGUGAUGAGAAAAGCCUGUCUCAUCAAAACCGAUGACUUCACUAUGAUACGUUUUAUUGUGUUGUCAUGAAGAUCUGUGUAUGCAAAUGAAGAAUUCAGGUGUGGGAGGGUCCACCACCCUCAUAAAGCCAUCUUUAAAACUGACUCAUAAAGUCAGUUUAAUUGCCAUUAUGUUGCCUGAAUUUGGAAAUGAUCUGAUACGUCUUAACCAAGUGUACACAGAAGCGUGUUAGGUGACAGCUACAAGCAUGCAGAUUUGGGUCUCAAGUGUUCUCCAGAAAAAAGAAUUUGUAGCUGGGUGUGGUGGCACAUGCCUGGCAGUUGAAUCUCUGUGAAAUCAAGGGCAGCCUGGUCUACAUAGUUCCAGGACAACCAGAGAGAGCUACUGAGUGAGACCCUGUCCCAAAAAACAAAACAAAACAAAAAAAAAAAAACAAAAACAAAGGAAAAGAUUCUCUAUGACCACUCCUUCCUUCGCACCUUCGAGAUUGAUUCUCCUGAAUGCUCACAGCAGUGUUCAUCUUUUGUAGUGAUAACUUUAUUCAAUUUUUUUAUACUGAAGUGACAUAAUAUUAGAA